AUGCUAUCUCGGAUCUACAAAACUCCUUCGGCUAUAAAUUGUCAGGGCCAGAAGCUGAUAAAGGAGCAAGCAAAAGGCGCCAAGAAUCGUCAAGUCCGAUCCAUCGACGAGACGACCGUCACUGUGGCUCGUGGCAAUGACGGACCAUACGCGAUCAAAGUCAUACCCGGCAGAGGUCUAGGCUGCGUUGCUACUUCGAGAAUAUCCAAGGGCACACGUAUCCUCGCCGAAGCCCCCCUUUUCACAGUCCCCAAAGAAACGGCCAAUCUAGACUCCGUAGAAAGUGCCCUUCUCAAGGAGCUGAAGAACCUUACCAAAGAACAACAGCACGAUUUCUUUUCGCUCCACAAUGCCCAUAAGGGUAAAUGCAGUCCUGUGAUCGGUAUUACCAGAACAAAUGCAAUACCAUUCGGUUCGAGAGGCUCAGCGGGAGGGAUAUUCCCCCGAGCGGCCCGAAUCAACCAUUCGUGCAAGCAGAAUGCCCAAAACUCGUGGAACUACAAUAUAGGCAAGCUCACGAUCCAUGCGUUCAGAGAUAUUGAAGAGGGAGAAGAAAUCACAAUUGCAUAUAUCGACGGUUCAGAGUACUUUGAAACCCGGCAGAAUACUUUGGAGGAGGCGUUUGGGUUCAAAUGCCGAUGCGAGAUUUGCGACAUAUCUGCACAUGAAACAAAAAAAAGGGACCGUCGGCUUGAAGAAAUGGCGCGACUCGACAACUCGCUGGGGAACGGAAGGCGCAUUAUGUCCAAGCCACUUGAUUGUCUGCACGAUGCACAUACCCUUUUCCGCAUGCUUAUUGAGGAAGACAUGAUCGGCUCGAGAAUAUCAAGGGUGUACAACGAUGCACUGCAGAUUUCAAUUGCACAUGGAGAUGAGGCGAGAGCAAAGGUAUUUGCGCAACGAGCCCACGCUGUCAGAGUUAUCCUGGAGGGCGAGGACAGCCCAGAGACAAUCAGAUUAAAGGGCAUAAUAGAAAAUCCCUCCAGCCAUGGAUUGUAUGGCUCAUCAACAGACUGGGCGCAAUCCGUGAAGGAGAUUCCGACAGGCCUGAGCGAAUCAGAUUUUGAUGAUUGGCUAUGGAGGCAGAAAGCCUGGAAGCAAACGAAAUAG